GAGGAAGAAGAAGAAGAAGAAGAGGUGCAAGGAAAACAGGAGGAGGAGGGGGAGAGAGAGAGAGAGAGAGAGAGAGAGGGAAAAACCAAGGAUAAGGUGUCGGAAACGUAUAGAAAAAAAAGAAGAGGGGGGGAAAUUACAGGAGUGGGUUGUUCGUGUUCGGGAAAAUGGAGCUACCCGCCGCGGGAGAGCACGUCUUUGCGGUGGAGAGCAUCGAGAAGAAGCGGAGCAGAAAGGGGAGGGUUGAGUAUCUGGUCAAGUGGAGGGGAUGGUCUCCAAAAUACAACACGUGGGAGCCAGAAGAAAACAUCCUGGACCCCAGACUGCUGGACGCGUUCCAAGACAGGGAGCGUCAGGAGCAGCUGAUGGGUUAUCGCAAGAGAGGACCCAAGCCCAAACACCUUCUGGUUCAGGUCCCUUCAUUCGCCCGGAGAUCCAGUAUCCUGGCAGAUCUUCACGAGGCAUCCCUGGAUGACAACAGCUGUCAGAAGACCGGUUCCAUCCAGAUGCUGUGUCCCCAGAGCCAGCAGUACCAGCUGAACAGCAAGAAGCACCACCAGUACCAGCCGCUGUGCCGGGAGCGCGAGGUCGAGCAGCAGGCCAACGGCAAGAAGUUCUACUACCAGCUCAACAGCAAGAAGCACCACCACUACCAGCCGGACCUCAAGAUACACGAGCCCAUAUUCGCUAAACCCAGAGAGGUGAAAGCCCCGGAGCAGGGCUACAACCUUCCACCAGUGCUGCAGCAGAAAUGGGUGCGGGACAAAGACUCAGGCUGCCUGACCAAAGUGAAGGACAUCACCAUGGAGCUGAAGAAGCUUCCAGCCGAUCUCAACGGGCACAAAGCGCCAGAGAAGGUGAAACCUAAGGACAGCGCUUUACCGCAGUCCAACGGCGUCAGCAGCAGCAAGCUCAAGAUCGUCAAGAAUAAGAACAAGAACGGGCGGAUCGUUAUCGUCAUGAGCAAGUACAUGGAAAAUGGAAUGAAGUCGGCCAAGAUCAAAAAUGAUUCGGAAGCUGCGGAAAAGCCGCUGCAGGGAAGUGAUACCAGCAGCACCGAGAACCACCUGGAGAAGAUGAAACUAGUCAAGAAGCUCGGUCUCAUGAAUGGAUUUGCAAAAACCCCCAAAGACAAACUGACUGCUCCUAGUUCAGGAUUAAAUGGAGAUUGCCUGAAAGAAAAGGGGCGGAGCCCUAAACCGGAACCAACUGUGACAGAACAGGAUAAACAUGUCGAGGUCAGGGGUCAGGGGCAACUUCCAGCAGAUCAGCCUUUGCAGUUGACAACCAAGUCUAAUCUGGUCCCCCUGCCUUUGGAUAUGGGAGACCCCUCCCCAGCCGACAAAAGAGGAAGCCAAGGUGGAGCUGACGGACUCAAGCGACACCUCUCUGACACGGACAGCGAGCAGCAUGUGGGCGCGAAGAGGUUUGUAAGCUCUAGGAGUAUCAGUACUCCCAACUCUGCGUCCUCACCGACCCAAAGCAUCAGCGCAGACCAAACGGUCCUCCUGCAGGACUGCACCUACCAAGACGAGCCCAUGGACUUGAGCAUUGUCAAGUCCAGGCCUAAAGCUUCAACUCCCACGGGGACGCAGGCCCAAACGUCCCCGUCAACUGAGGCUUUAACACAGGACGACACACACACACGAGCAGACGCACAAACAGAACCUCAGGCUGAAACACAACAAACUGCAGAGGACGAAAACAGCAGCUCACUGCCUGUUUCUAACCACAAAAAGAGAAAAGAGGAGCCUUUUCCUUCGUUCCAGCCAUUCCUUGGGAAUAUAGUCAUUACGGACAUAACUACGAACUGCCUCACAGUCACAUUUAAAGAAUACAUAACAGCAUAAGCUGAGUACAAACUGUGCAAUUGUAUAAAUGUAUAAUGAAAUAUUUGUAUUUUCAGAUGCUUGAAUGUACAACGGAACCCUUGGUGUUUUGGUUUUAUACAGGUCAGAUAAGCAUUUAUUGCAUAACUUUUCUUAUAAGCUCUGCCUGUUGGUAUUUCUGUAGGGUUUAUCACAUGCAGUAUCUGAUUUCAGCUAUUUGAGAUGUAGUUGAAAAAAAUGCCGGAACUAUAAUGGAAGAUUUAAGCACUUAUUCUUGUAAAUACUGUUGACUUUUUUCUAUGUAAUUUGAUUUAUAUACUCAACGGUCUACAUCUCAGAUGAUGUUAAAAUGUUGGAGAAUUUUGUAAGCAAGAAGAUUCUAUUGAAACAUGGUAAAUAACACUGUGUGUGUGUGUGUGUGUGUGUGUGUGCGUGCGUGCGUGUGUGUGUGUGUGCGUGCGUGCGUGUGUGUGUGUGUGCGUGUGUGUGUGUGUGUGUGUGAACAGAUGGGCAGUUUUAAACAAGGCUGCAUGCUGCUUGGACAGAUUAUGCCAUUAGGCCUGAUUAAACGAGCAGAUAACGAAAAAUGAACUGCCUUUCUGUUAAUAAAUGUUAAUUUGUUGAAGAGGAGACGGUGCACACACUGUCAACAGUUGAUGUUUGGUAGAUUCUGUUAUUUGGUGUCAGAGUUGAGUGUCAUAUGAGUUAGUGCUUCAUGGUCAUCUCCGUCAUGCAGGACUACAUAAGGAUCUUCAUGAGCAGAAAAGUUAUUUUGGUCAACUUUUGGAACACGUGUUGUAUUUUAAAAGUUGUUGGAAGCACAUGUUAUCAUAAUCAGAUCGGUUCCCCUGUGUCCUAUAUAACCUACAUCCUGCCUCCUCUGCUUGUGGAUCCUGUUUGAGGACCUGUCCCCUCCAUGCAGCACUAAUACAGUCUGAAAAGUCUAGAGGUGCACUAAAAACUGCUCUGUCAGGACACUCAUCAGAUGCACUUUUGGUGUUUUGUGUGCAGACAUAAGUGAAGACUUCCUGAUACAUUUUGCAAUAAUAAAAUUGUUUGCAACGGGAAUUUGGA